AUGAAGAGAAGUCUCCCUGAUCUCCUGAAGUCAAAACACGUCCAAGGUCUUGAAAUCCACGAUGCACACAAAUCCUUCAACAAGUCCCAAGUUCUGGAGACCGUGGCUGCAGCUCGGGAGGCAAUCAGCUCAUCGGGCGGCGGACCUCUGUUCCUGGCAUUACCAGCUCAUCCUGAACUCUUGGCGAAGUAUUAUGAUCUCAGAGCGUUGAUGAAGAAAGUCGAUCUCUUGAUGGUCCAAACACAUGCGUUAGGAAUGGUGAAGAAGAUGACUUAUCAUCCCAGUCGACUGAGUGGAUUAUGGGAUAUGAUGAACACUGAUUCAGUAGUAGACCUCGUAAUUGGAUUAGGAGUUCCUGCCUCCAAAGUUGUCAUCAGCUUACCAGCCACAGCGAGACAGUUCACGCUCCAAAACGAAACCCUGAGUACUCCAGGAAGUCCGACCGUAGACGACGACCCUAAAGAAAUAGACCAAGCCGAAGUCUGCAGGCAGUUGCGUAAAGGAAGAUGGACGCUCGAGAGGGACCAGGACUUGUCAGCGCCUUAUGCUUUUAAGGACAAAACCUGGAUCUCAUUCGAAGAUGCCUCAUCAGUGGAUGUAAAAGGCAAAUACGCGCGUGUAAGAGGCCUUGCCGGUCUGGCUUUGUACAAAGCUGAUCGGGACACUGACACCCCCUGCGGACCAACCCUGAGAGCUGCACUGACGAAGGUUUUGAACCAGCAGAGCAGAGCACCUAGGGCAGCUGUAUUGAGAUCUCUGGAAAACGAAAUCCUAUCAGCUCCGGGCAUAGUUGGUCGAGCAUUGGACGCUCUGCAGGUUUCCCCCUACCGCAUUACGCAAGUGGUCGACUCCGAUGGUGUCAUUCAUUCGAUAAGAGAGGACACAAGAACCGAAUUCUCUUGCUCUCGCCAAGGAUACUUCGUGCAUCCUCGCUCCUGCGCAAGAUUCUACCGUUGUGUGAAGUUUGAUCAACUCUCACCGGAGUUCACGGUGUUCGAGUUCGACUGUCCAGCAGGUCUAGCCUUCGACUCACGAUACGAGGUGUGUGUUUGGCCUGGUAGCCUGCCUAACUCCCAGGCUUGUCCCGGCUCAUCGGAGAUAGCGCCUGUACCGCCGACCAGAUUCGUUUGUCCUGAACGUGAAGGUUACUACGCCGAUCCCGAGAACUGUCGCUGGUUCUUCGCUUGUCUGGACCAUGGCAAAGCUCCGCUCACUGCCUAUGAGUUCCGCUGUCCCUUCGGCCUUGGAUUCGACGCGGCUCGCUUGAAAUGCGAGUGGCCGUGGCUGGUACCCGCUUGCGGGAACAUCGCAAGAUAUGAGGCAGAGGCUUUUGGCUUCUCUGGUGCUGCUCUCACUGGUGCUGCCGGAUUCCAAGGAAAGACAGCGGAUUCAGUCAACAUAGCAGGUCAUCAGAGUUUAGUAUCUGGAGCUUCAUUGGAUAAUCUUGUAGGCAUUCAAGGGGGAUAUUUAUCGAAGGACGACAUUCUUGAUACCAAUUAUAUUGCUUCCCAAGAAGCUGCCAGUUUAGGAUUCGCUGGACCCGGCACGUAUCAAAUUGAUGAUGACUUUGCAAUCGGAAGUUAUGGUGAACAAAGUCGACACUCUUAUAACAUAAUUGCAGCAGAUGAUAUUAACAAGGGCCUUGGUCUCGUGCAAACCACAAAUUACAAUGGCGGUGAGAAAUUUUCAAGCGGCUCUUUGAUUUUAGACAACUAUAGAUUACCAGACAACAGAGCCAGUACUAUAAGUGCUGCUCAAAGGUUAAGCACUAAAGCAGGCGGCGAUUCCGGCAAAUAUAAAGGAAAUAAUGCUUACGUUGGAGCGUCACCGAAAUAUGAUUCUCGAUACAACGCCGGUGCGUACUAUCGUAAAGAAAACACUGGUAAAUACGUUCAUAACCCAGCAGGAGAUCGUGCGAAACCAUACGAACAUCUCGACGUGCCUCCAGUACCUUACACACACAUUGACACAAAAUACACACAAAGCGAUGCUUUUGAUACUGGAAGGUACAAAGGCACCACAGACAGUGGUUCGUACAGCCAAAGCUUUGCAGGAGGGUACGACUAUCCGAAACCAGCAAUAGCAUUCAACGAGGAGCCUGGAAGAUCUCAAAGCCUGUACAAGAUUGAUGGACAACUUGAUGCGUAUACCAGUGGAGCAACUGGAACUACCAGUGGUGCCACCAACACAUAUUACAGCAGUUACAGUAGUGGAAAUGCUGGUGAAUAUAUUAGUGAUAGCGGAGAUUAUACAGGUGCGCCUCACGUUUUAACUGCUGGGGCAGUGAGAGUAGGCCUUGUCGGAAAAACUUCAUUGAUCGAUACUAAUUACGCCGACCAAGGCAAUUAUCAAGGUCAAACCUAUAGUCAAGAUGUAGUACAUCAUACCAAUGUUGAACCUGGUGUUACUAUAACCCAGUUUGGAACCUCCGCCCAAAAUGAUGGCUACAGUUACGUCACCAACCCAACAUCCUCUGGAGUUCCAACAACAGCAACACCUUUGCCUGUUACGACUUACAAAACUACCUAUCUACCUGCAGUACCAAAAAGCAGUAUCAAACAAGUUUUCGGUUACACCCAACCAGCUGUCACGUACGUUCAACCAACAAUAGUACCAGUAAAACAAGUAAUACCCGAAAUUCAAGUUACCAACUAUAACCAAGGUUCAAGCCAAGGUUAUGAAUUUGAAAAUAAGGAUUACUCUUCGACUUAUAAUACAGGAUCAACCGGAUACCAUUACACAAAGCCUGUUGUUGCGUUUGAAGAUAGCGGUUCAUAUACUACAGCAACUCCAUCAGCUACUGUGAUUUCUUACAAACCUCAAGGAUUUGGACACCAGCAACAAACAAUACAUAAGGUAGAAUCCGUCGGCUUCGAAUACUCAACUCCAAGGCCUGUUACUGAACCGCCAUUUAGGAAACUAGUAGCUUAUACUACUGGGACACCGGAAACUUACGUUCAACCUUCAGCGCAAUCUUACAGUCAACAAACUCUACACAAAGUAGAAUCUGGUAGCGUGUAUACUCCAUCGGUUGAUGUUUCUAGUCAAGUUACAAAUUCAGCUGUUAAUUAUGAAGUUCCGCAAACAGUCAUACAUUACUCUACACCCCAGCCAGCAGUCUCCGUGCAACCAGUAGUAUCAACGUACCAACCACAAUCAUAUAGCCAACAGACGCUUCAUACAGUAGAUAACAGUAAAGUUAACACUUACUCCCAAAGUCAACAAGAGCAAGGUUAUGAAUACCAACAACCGAACGUUUACGUCCAAAGUACGGGCAUUCAGUACUCUUCCGUAGCUCCUACAGUUUCUUAUCAACCUCAAAGUUAUAGCUCGCAAACUGUACAAAGAUACAAUACCCAGCAAUAUGUGCCAGUAUCGUCUACAUCACGUCCGGUAACAUCUACUCCUGUGACAGUAUAUGAAAACCCUCUUAUCAAAUAUACAGUAAAAGCGACACCAGCGACAUACGUAAGCCCUGCGUAUACGUCUCAAGCAUUCAGCCAACAAACUAUUCAUAGAGAAGAUAGCAAAUCCACAGCGGCUGGGUCCAAUGGAUAUGAAUAUGUUUCUGGUACCAGAUAUCAGCAACCUCAGACUACUGUUUACAGUACUGCCCAACCUAGUAUAACCGUUCAACCCCAGAUUUACAGUCAACAAACAUUACACCAAGUCGAUGCAAGCCAAGUAAAUAAUUACGAAGGUUCAUCCAACUCGGGCUAUGAAUACUCACAGCCUGCAGUCCAAUUUGAACAAAAGUUCGUAUCAUCGACUCCGGCUCCAGCUGUCACCUCAACUUACAGGCCCCAAACGUACAGGCAAAACGUUGUUUCAACAACAUCGUCUCCUAGUUACCUUUAUCAGCUCAAUGAUGUAACUCUUAAUCAAAACCCACUGUUAACGUAUUCACAAAAGGUUGAGCCUGUCACAUAUGUUAAACCAACUCCCUCUGUAUUUACGCAGUCAUAUCAACCUGUUCAACAAAUAAGAACAAGCUACGUUAGUAAACCAGCUGAAUAUGAAGCAACAGCACAACAAUCGUAUGUAAGUCAAGGUUACUCUUACAGUCAACCAGAAACCGUUAGUAACAUUGCCACUUCUAAUACAGCAAGUUAUUCGGAUGCAAGUGCUGUAUCCCACCAGGUCUUCCAUCAAUCGCAAAGCGGUGGAAACGCUCAAUACGAAACAGGUAAAGAUGUUGUAUUUGUUUCAACGACGCCGUCUACUGUUAUUUACGAAGAUCACUACGCUGAAUAUGAAAGCCCAAAGAAAGUUGAAACAUACAAAGCACCAGACUACAUACCGCCUAAACAGGAAUACCAAGAAAUAACAUACUCGACUGCUUCAACACCGACCUAUGAUCAAAGAAGUUCAAUAGUUCAAACUCAAGAUCAGUAUGACUAUAGACCUGUGGAUUACUCACAACAAUUUGAAAGCUCAGCGCAGUUUACGGAUUCCAAGUCUAGUUCAGGCUCUUCUCAAAAUGUAGAAUCUGUUCAUUUCUCUUCGAUUCCUGAAACAAAAACUACUUAUCAGUACAAUCAAGCAGCUUACCAAUCACCUGAAAUACAAGUAGCAUAUAGAGCUGAAGAAUAUUUGCCCCCAGUAGUAUCAACUGAAACGCCAGUCUUUAAAUCAACUUAUAGACCGCGUACUUAUUCGACAACACGGGAAUAUUUACCUCCUACCGCUAAAUCACAGUAUAACGCACCUGAAUACUUGCCUCCAGUAGAUACCUAUACAACGCAGUCCACCGCUAGGCCUGAACUGAAAACGUUGGAAUAUCUACCACCGUCAGGGGAAACCGUUUCCCGUGUAGUUAAUUACGAGAGCUUUGGAUACGGUAAUGGUGAAUCAAUAGAAUCCGAUUCUAGAUUUGGUACCUAUCAAGAUUACUCUGUACCAACUGAGGCCCCUAUUGUACUUUCUUCGACGACAGGUCCAAUUAUAAGAAAACAAAACAUAGUUGUUGAAACAGCAAAAUCUAAUUUACUUGGUUUUGGUACUGUUGGACCAGAUGCUGGUUUAGUAUCAACUUCUUAUACAACCGCGCAACCUGCCGUUUCAAGCACAAAUAACUAUUAUAUACCUUCUAAAACUGUCACACCCACUUAUGCACCUGAGAUAGUAGAAGUCACUUCAGCUCCUAGAAGGACAAAGACGAAGUAUUUUAGGCCAGCUGUUAAAUCAACAACAGAACCAAACUAUUACGUAGAAUCAACAACAGCGUACCAGGCACCAGAAUAUCUACCUCCAUCGUCAGACAAUUUGGAAGAAAAUAUUGAAUACGGCUAUAAAUCAUCAACAAUCAGUCCUACAAUCAAGUAUAACCCAUAUCAAGAACAAAUUAUCGUUUCGACUACUGCAGCACCUAAAAGAAAACAGAAUAUCGUUGUGGAAACAGCUAAAUCUCAGUUGCUUGGUUUUGCUUCAGUCGGUACUGAUGCUGGUUUGGUUUCAUCGGGCUCCUACUCAACACCGGGAUCAGUUGAAGUAUCUUAUUCUACGGUUCCAGUUAGACAAGAAAUUGUUGAAGUAACUUCAGCACGAGUUCCCAUUAGACGUACGAAACCUAAAGUAGCAGUUGUUACAAAAAUAAACGAUUUUAACCCACUCUUGGUGAAGAAAUUAGGAGCUGUGUGUAGCUGUCAGUCGCCUGUAUUGGUACUAAAGGGAAGGAGACCUACAGUUCAACAGCAAGAUAAUGAAGAUUACAGCAACGGAUAUGAUGAUUCAGAACGUGGAGAUAUUAAUGAGAAUUCACAAAAAUACAUACGAGUAUCUACUGCUCCAGCCAUUAACACAGUAACGACUGUGGCACCGGUUAUCUCUACUUUUAAUCCCAUAAUUGUUCCUGACGAUUCAUUCUAUCAAGAUUAUCAGGAAUCUAAUUUCAAUAUUCCAGCAGCUUCUAUUCGGAAAGACUACUCUGAGAGUUACGUGUCAAGUACACCUGUUGUUUCAACAACAGAAAGAGUCGUCAGAAUAAAACCGCGCGUUAAGGCUGUCACUGUCGCCCCGACUUAUAAAACUGUGUUAUUGAGUGAAGGAGUUACUCCAGCCAUUGGAAUACAAGAAUCUCAAGAUACUGUAUCUGUAGACUCACAAGCAUUUGAUCGGUAUGGUCCAGGCGGGUGGAGAAGUAGAGACGAAACGCUUCAGGGUUCGAUCGACUGUCAAAGAGCUGGUUUAUUCCGUCAUCCAAAACAAUGUAAUAAAUUCUACGCUUGUAGAUGGGACUGCACUAAGCAAAGAUUUACUCUCCAUAUAUUCAACUGCCCAGUUCAGCUUAGUUUUGAUCCAAACCUAGGUGCUUGUAACUGGCCCAGUCAGGGACCCGCUUGUCAAGGAGAUACACUACUGACAAAUUCUCUUUAAAACGGUACGGCAAUAACCACUAAUGUAUCUCAACGUGCCAUCAAAAUUGUGAUAAGAUGUGAUCACGAAAAUCCUACGGUAUUUAAUUUGUAUCGUGCGUUUAAUUAAUAGGUUGAGUCUCUCUUUUGUAAUUUUCUAGGCUUAUUUAUUUGUUUGAUUGUUUUAAUGUUAAUUCAUAGUUAUUUAUUACUCAUGCUCUUUUAAAGCUUGUGCUUGCAAAGCAUUAUUAUUUUGGCAUUGAUUGAACAUAAG